AUGUUCUUAAAGGCUCUGUGUGUAUUAGCAGUAUAUGCUGUAGUAGCAGCAUUCGCUCAUGAAGCCCAUUCAUCCCAAUUUCUCCAUAAACAUGAUCAUCAUCAUCAGAAAGUGGAAUUUAAAGACAAACAUGGGCAUCAUCACUACGACUACUACACACAUCCUAAAUACGAAUUCGGGUACAAAGUAAAGGACCCUCAUACCCACGACCACAAGUCCCAGCACGAGCAUCGUCACCACGACAGUGUAAAGGGACAUUACUCCCUGAAGGAACCAGACCACCAUCACGAGAGAGAAGUCCACUACCAUGCUGACAAACAUUCCGGGUAUGUACUACUUUUGGCUGUAGUGUGUGUGUUAGCUGUGACAGCUGAGCAUGGAUAUUCAUCACAACAUGUCCACAAACACGAUGGACACCAUGAGACCGUAGAAGUCAAAGGCGAACAUGGACAUCAUCACUUCGACUAUUAUACUCAUCCCAAGUAUGAGUUCGAGUACGAGGUGAAGGAUGGUCACACCGGAGAUCAUAAGGAGCAACAUGAGCACCGCGACGGUGACGUCGUCAAGGGUCACUACUCCCUGCAUGAGCCUGAUGGUUCCAUCAGACACGUGCACUACCAUUCCGACAAGCAUUCCGGUGUGUAUCAGUUCAUUAGUGGAUCUAGUACGAAUAGUACAGCUUCAUCAACUACUACCCAACCUUUGAAUCAAAUCAAACUGAUAAUGUACUUCAAGGUUAUACAGGAGUUGUGUUCCUUAUUUCACCAGGUCCUAUGCAUCGUUGCCGUUGCCGCAGUGGCUGUCUCAGCGGAAUAUGGUCACUCCUCCCAGCACAUCCAUAGACAUGAUGGACAUCACCAGGUUGUGGAAUUCAAGGAUAAACACGGACAUCACCAUGUCGACUACUACGCUCAUCCCAAAUACGAAUUCGCCUACAAGGUGGACGACAAACACACCGGUGACCACAAGGAACAACACGAGCACCGUGACGGACACGACACCAAGAGCGACUACAAAGUGCACGUAGAACACAUUGUGCCCCAUCACCAUCAUCAUCAUGAGCACCAUUAA